UAAAUAUAUCUAACAAACAAUAGUCACACUUCCAAAAUCAUAUAUUUUUAGAAUACAUAAAAGAUAAAGAAGAAGAAGAUGGUAUCAAUUUCCAGCUCUUCCAAAUCUUCUACAAUCAUGAAGGUGGUUGUGAUGGUGGCUGUGGUCUUGGUGGCGACGGUGGUGGAUGGACAGAGCUGCAAUACGCACUUGAGUGGACUGAACGUGUGUGGUGAGUUUGUAGUUCCAGGAGCAGACACGACGAACCCGAGUGCCGAGUGUUGCAAUGCUCUUGAGGCAGUGCCGAGCGACUGCAUUUGCAACACAUUUCGCAUUGCCUCUAGGCUUCCCACUCGCUGCAACAUCCCUACACUUUCAUGCAACUGAUGAUAUGGCGUUGUUAUAUCUAUGAGAAGCAGGGAGGGAGAUCAACGACAAUAUAAUAUUUAUGAAUAAAAAACUCGGAAGUUUUAUUGUUUCGUUCUGUCAGUUGCUGUAAAACCAAGGGGGUUUGGAAUAAAAAGUGAAUAACCUUGAAAGGAAAUUAUAAAUUGUUGAAUGGGUUGUUAAAUAAACUCUUCAGUCAGUUUGGCCUUUUA